UACGGGACAGGAGUGAAAAGACCUUGAGGCGGCUCAACGCGCUCCGCGCACCGCAGUGGGCGGACAUCGCCUCUUAGCCCGCCCUGGAGGAGGCGCUGUGAUUACGGCUGGGCAUGCGCAAUGGGUCGCAGAGGAGGAGGCGGGGCCGCGCGAACCCGGAAGUAGAGCGGCCCACGUGGGAGCAAGGGAAAAGACAGAUGUGAUUCGGCUGUCGGGCUCUGGGCCAUCUCAGAGCGAGGAGUCGCAGCUGAUCGUUCCUCAGCCUGAGGGGGCGAGUUGGGGGUAGCCGUCGGGGUUCCCUUCACUCUGUGUUGGCUGUAGUGGCCUCUAGGGGACGCAGUAGGGGGCAUCGGGUCCCCAGCGCGGCCCGCACCAUGGGGAUACUGUCGCUCGCCUGGGGCGCGACCUGGUGUUGCUCCGGACGCCUCGUUCGUCAUUUCUCCCAAGCGGCGAGGCCCUCGGGGCGUGGGGAGCGGCCCGGCGGGGAGGAGCUAGGCCGCUUGCUUCUGGAUGACCUGGCGCCGGUCCCGCGGUCUGCCAAGGGACUGGAGUUCCUGUUUGGCCUGUCCCCGUGUCUCUUAGCUUUGCGGGCCGCUCGCCGUCGUGUGACCCGGCUUCUGCUCCAGGCCAGUAGGGCCGGCCUGCAGGGGGAGAGGGCUGAGCUGCUCCGGGCAGCCGAGGCGCGGGGCAUCCCAGUUAUACGGCCCCGAAGACAGAAGCUGGACGCCCUGUGCCACCACCAGGUUCACCAGGGUGUCUGCAUGGAGGUGACCCCGCUGCGGGCCCAGCCCUGGACUGAGGCCGAGGAGGCGAGUUCAAGCGACGACCCUCAGCAACUAUGGCUUGUCCUUGAGGGGCUCCAGGAUCCCCGGAAUCUUGGGGCCGUGCUGCGCUCCGCUCACUUCCUCGGAGUGGAUAAGGUCAUCACCAGUCGGAGAAACAGCUGCCCCCUCACCCCAGUAGUGAGCAAGGCCAGCGCGGGAUCUAUGGAGGUGAUGGAUGUGUUCUCCACUGAUGACCUGGCCAGUUUUAUGCAGGUAAUGGCCAAGGCACAGCAGGGCUGGCUGGUAGCAGGCUCAGUGGGCUGCCCAGGGCCUAAGAUGCCCCAGUCCUCCCAGAUCCCCAUCACUAGCUGCUUGGAGUUUCUCUGGGACCGGCCCACUCUCCUGGUUCUAGGGAAUGAGGGCUCUGGACUGUCCCAAGAGGUACAGGCCUCCUGCCAGCUUCUCUUCACCAUCCUACCUGGGCGGCAGCUGCCUCCUGGACUUGAGUCCUUGAACGUCUCCGUGGCUGCAGGAAUUCUUCUCCACUCCAUUUGCAGCCAGAGGAAGGGUUUCCCUGCAGAGGGGGAAAGAGAGCAACUUCUCCAAGACCCAGAAGAUCCUUCAGCCACAUCUGAAAGGCCCAAAGUCACCCAGGACCCAGGACUGUCUAAGAUCAGGGAAAGAGAGGCAAAAUGGGGGCUGACUUGGACUGCCCGAGACGUGUGUGCCGGAGGGCAGGGGUUGGGUGCACAUACAACCGUGGGCUCAAAUGGGGAGUUUAGGGAAGAGAGGCCUUAGCUAUGGAAACCAGGAGCUCAGUUUCCUGUUUGGAUGUUGUUCUUUCAGUUGGAGGUAAAGCGGGCUCAUUUCCAGUGUGGGUGUUGAGGGGAGGUCUAGAUAUCAGGAGGGACACUGGCAGCCUGGGUCUGGGGGCACUUCUUCCUCUUGAAUCAGUUGUAUCCUGUGUUGAAUGUGGGGUGAGGACAUGGAGGGGAGACCAGGGCCCUGUGGAGUUGACAGAUCUGGGUGUUAAUCGAGGCGAGGCUGGGCCCACUGCAUGUCCUUGAGCACACUGCUUCAUCUUUAUGUGUACCAGGGUCCUUGUCUGCAUCAGCCUCCCAGGGCUGUUUGAGGAGCAAAUACAUCCCUGGGAUCCAGUAAGCUCUCAGCAAGCGCGGCCUUCCACCCCAUUCCUCCGCUAGGUGGCAGCCUCGCUCUUUGGUCAGCAGCCUCUUGCGGAAGCUUUUCCCAGGCUCCCGGGGAGGCUCCAGGCUGCAGCCCCAGGACUGGAAGGAGAGAUCAGACACCUCCCACCCCACCCAGACCUCAUGCAUCCCUCAUGUUUUAGUUUCCUGGCUGCUAAAACAAAUACCAUACAAUGGGUUGGCUUAACAACAGCAAUUUUUUGGCUCACAGUUUAGAGGCUAGAAGGUGGGCUUCCUCCGGGGUUGGUAUCUUCUGGCCAGCUAGCAAACUUUGGGGCCCCUUGGCUUUCCCCUAACAUGGCAGUGCAGAGUGGCGUCUUCUUUCUCUUCCGGGGAUUCUGUUGACCUCCAGCUUCUGGCUUCUCCCUCCAUCUGACUUUCACUCCACUUACAAAGGACUCCAGUAAUCCGGGUUAAAGCCCAGCCUGGGCCACACCUUAACUGAAGUAACACCUUGAAGAGAUCUUAUUUACAAUGCAUCUACACCCACCAGGAUGCGGACCAGGGCCAAGAACACAAUUCAACCCUCCAUACCCCACCUCAGUCAGUUCAUCUCAGUUGAAGGAACCAAGAGACCAAAGCCCUGGCCUUUGAUUCUGUGAGGAGUUGAGGACAGGAUGGCUGUUUAUUUUAUUGUGCAACCCAGACCGACCUGGCACUCCUCCCCAAGGCUCCACAAACACAACAGACACCACCAGCGUGAGUCCUUGAGGGCAGUGAUUUUCAACCUCGGCUGCACAUUGGAACCACCUGGAAAGCUUUAAAAGGAACUGCCACCAGGGACCCACCCCCAGGGGGUCUGAUGUAAUUGGUCUGGGGCAACCUGGGCAUCAGGAUUCUCGAAGCUCUCAGGUGGUUCUAAUGUGCAGCCAAGGCUGGCAACCACCAGAGCACUUCUCAGCCUUGGCACUACUGACUUUUGGGGCCAAAGACUUCUUUGUUGUGGUGCAUGUGCUGGGCACUGUGGGAUGUUUAGCAGCAUCCCAGCCUCUAUCUACUUGAUGCCAGCAGACACCCACCCAGUUGUGGCAACUAAAAAUGUCUGCAGACAUUGCCAAAUGUGGGAACCACUGCUCUAGAGUCUGGAUUUGGGAAAGCGCAGCCCUAAGUUCGAAUCCUGAUUGUCUGUGUGACCUUGGGCAAGUCUCUUACCUGAGCCUCAGUCUCCUUCUCUGUGAAAUGGGGAUAAUCCUCCCUUCCUGGGCCCCUGGAGGGAAGUAGGAUACAGUACUUAGUAGAUAGCAGCUCCUUUCCUCCAUGGAAUGGAUUUAUCUGGAAUUCUAAUGGCAAUGCCAAUUUAGAAAUUCAUUUUAAUUUGUAUAAGAAGGGCUUAAGAUUUCUUUAAAGUCUUACCCCCUCCCCCCGGGGGAAAGAGGGAGAAAGACUGUCACAAACUCCACUGACCACUAUCAUCUCUGCUGGCACGAAGGAGCCUCAGAUUCGCCAUCCCUGUGCUCUCCUGGCCAGAUCCCAGAGCAAUGGUUUGUACCUCGGCUGUACCUUAGGGCCACCAGGGGGAGCGCUUAAUACUCCAGCUGUCCAAGGUGCAGGCAUCAGGGCCUUUUAAAGCUCCUCAGUUGUCCAGGGGGCAGCCAGGUUCCAGAAUCACUGGGAGCCACCUGCUAAUGUCCAAGAAGCUGCUUCCAAAUCCACUCACACCUGUGGUUUUGGGCUCAAGCCUGAAAGUUUGGGCCUGGGACGACCUAUUUCAUCUAUCCCUGAGGUUCUUCCGAAGAUGAAGGUACCGGAUCUGGCUUCCUGUCUUCUUAACUAGAUGUCUUCUCAGAUGCCUCAUCCAUAAAAUGGUGAUAAUGCUGUUAAUACCUGCUCUAUCUAACCCUCCCCAAUGGGAACAUUGUAAAAAUAAAAUGAUAAAAUAUCAGUAAAAA